AUGCAAUUCACUUCCUUCUUCCUUCUACUUCUCGGCGCCACUACCGUCCUUCCCGCCCCAGUUGACAUUGACUUGUCCGAGGUGGCUUCUCCCUUGGUAAGAUCAUGGAUCUUAGAAGCGUUUACAUAAUUGCUGAUGUGAUUUACCAGUCUUCACUCAAUAAACGGGAACCCACAACACCAUUAAGCGAAUUUCUCCAUACAGUCCAUACAAGAGGUAAGGGCAAGGGCAAAAAUGGCGACAACGAUAAUGAUGGCAUCCCCAAUGCCCUCGAUGAUGAUAGCGAUAAUGAUGGCGUCCUCAAUGCCCUCGAUAAUGACAGCGAUAAUGAUGGCGUCCUCAAUGCCCUCGAUAAUGACAGCGAUGAUGACGAUGUUGGAAACAACAAUAAAAACUGCAGCAACAACAGAGCACUGUGUAACCCCAAUCAAGGGGCUUGCAGUCGCUCCGGGUCCAAUGACGCCACCAACUGCUGCUGUGUUUGA